AUGGUUCACCGGGAGGCCUGGACACGUCCUGCCGAGCCCGUCGGGCACAGCACAGCAGGGCACGCACGGUCUAAGCGGCCACCCCGCAACACCGUCCGACACUCGGGCGCGCUCCCGGCGACGGGGCCGCAUCGCACAACCGACAGCCCGGCCCGGCUCCGGGAGCCAUCCCGGCAGGAGCCGAUCCGGGCGGGAGCCGAGCACUGCGCGGCCCCACCAAGCCCCACCACCACCGCCGCCCCCGGGGAAGCUGCCCCGGCCCCGGCGCUGCCCGGGCCCCGCGCCGCCAUCGCCCCUCACCGCGCGCGGCCGGAAGCGCGGCCCCGCCCGGGCGGCCGCGGCCCGGAAGCGGAACAGAGCAGAGCCGGGCCUUGGCACGGCACCGCCCUCGGGCACGGCACCGCCCUCAGGGCACGGCACGGCACCGCCCUCGGGCACGGCACGGCACCGCCCACGGGCACGGCACGGCACCGCCCUCGGGCACGGCACGGCACCGCCCUCGGGCACGGCACGGCACCGCCCUCAGGGCACGGGACAGCACCGCCCUCGGGCACGGCACGGCACCGCCCUCAGGGCAAGGCACGGCACCGCCCUCGGGCACGGCACGGCACCGCCCUCGGGCACGGCACCGCCCUCAGGCACGGCACCACCCUCAGGCACGGCACCGCCCUCGGGCACGGCACGGCACCGCCCCCGGGCACGGCACCGCCCUCAGGCACGGCACCACCCUCAGGCACGGCACCGCCCCCCACCCCCCCGAGGCGCCGCACAGCCCUAUGUACAGCCCCGCCCUCAGGCCCAGCACAGCCCUAUGUACAGCCCCGCCCUCAGGCCCAGCACAGCCCUAUGUACAGCCCCGCCCUCAGGCCCAGCACAGCCCUAUGUACAGCCCCGCCCUCAGGCACGGCCACAGCUCGGGCCUUUCCUUUGCUGCACACAGCCGCGGCUUGUCACUAA